GUUUACCAUUUAAACUAACACAGAUCUGAUUCACACGGAGCUGCUAAAGCUGCAUUUAAUGAACAAUGAAUCUUUCCGAUAGUUCAGGCAAAAGCAGUGAUUCGCCUGGGAUUCAGCCUGAUGUGUGUCAGCUGAAGAUCGGGUUCAUCGGAGCGGGGAACAUGGCGUUUGGAAUCGCGCAGGGCAUCAUCGCGUCAGGGAAGGUCCCACCCACUAAUAUAAUUAUUAGCGCUCCAUCCAUUAACAACCUUCCUCGCUUUCAGGAGAGAGGCGUUUCCGUCACUCACUCGAAUGACGAGGUUGUCGAACGCUCUCGGUUGGUCUUUCUGGCCGUCAAACCUCACCUCGUUCCAAAGGUUCUAAAUGGAAUCUCCCGGAAUGUCACUCAGGAACACAUCAUCGUUUCCAUGGCAGCCGGAGUCACUCUAGAAACACUUGAGGAGAUGUUGCCGACGGGGACACGUGUGAUUCGUGUAAUGCCCAAUCUUCCCUGCGUGCUCCUGGAAGGGGCGCUUCUCCUCGCCUCGGGCUCGUGCGCUGGAGAAGAGGAGGAGACACUCCUGAAGACACUCCUCAGCCCGUGUGGACUGGUGGAGGCGGGGCCUGAGGCCUGGAUUGACGCCCACACGGGCUUGAGUGGCAGCGGCGUCGCGUUUGUGUACGUGUUUGCGGAGGCGCUGGCCGAGGGUGCCGUCAAGAUGGGGAUGCCGAGCGCUUUGGCUCGACGUAUCGCCGCACAGACAAUACUGGGCGCUGGAGUGUUACUGCGUGACACCGGGAAGCUCCCGGCGGAGCUGAAGGCCGAGGUGUGUACGCCCGGAGGAACCACGAUCCACGGGAUCCACGCGCUGGAGAAAGCAGGAUUCAGAGCCGCUGCGAUGGGAGCCGUCGAGGCCGCCACUGAAAGAGCCAGAGAACUCGGGAAGAAGUAGAUGCUUCAGUAUAAACAUCAGAUUAGAGGAGGGACACAUAACUUUAAAAACCACUUAUGUCUUACUUUAUGCACCGAGAGAGUCAGUGUUUUUGAAUGUUGACAUCUGGUGCUAAUCGAUGCCGAGCUACAGUACAGGACUUAUAAAUGCAACCAUCCAAGGAUGAGAAUUCCUUGUGUUUUCUAUGUAAAGUGGAAGAGUCUUAAGGGAACAAUAUACAAAUUGAUAUGUUUAAUAUGGUUCAUAGUAUAAUUUUAAGGUACUUGACAAACCACUGGGAUUCAGAAACCAAAGCAGCUCGAAAUGGGGACUUUUUUACGCAAAAAUGUGUCAAAAUCAGACGUGUCCUUUAUAA